AUGGUUGAGAUUGCCCAGAGCUCCAAGGAGCAGGGAGGUUCAUCUAUAGCUCAGGGGUGUACGAUAGAAAAAUUUAUGAAAAUGAACCCACCAGCAUUUUCAGGAGCGAUUGAUCCUACAGUUGCGGAGAACUGGAUGCAGGAAAUAGAGAACAUUUUGACGGUUCUUCACUACACCAAUGAGCAGAGGGUACUCUAUGCCACAUACUAUCUUGCCUCGUUUAGAGAGGCUAAAGUACAGGAAUUUCUGAGCUUAUCCGAGGGAUUGAUGACAGUCCAGCAGUACGCAGUGAAAUUUAUCCAGUUGUCGUGUUUCUACCCUUAUAUUUUUCUAGAUGAAGCUAAGAAGGUCAGGAUGGUUGAGAGGAAUCUGAAGCAGGAUAUUUAUAGACAGGUGGCAAUACUGAAGAUACAGGAUUUUUCAAAGCUGGUUAACAGGGCCAUAAUAGCAGAGGAGGGUUUGUCGAGAGAGACUGAGAUACAGAUUCAGAAGUAG